AUGCAGAAGAUCGACCUUGGCCUAAACGAAUGCUUUGAGAUUUGCCAAAGCAAAGGUUACCAUCAAGACCCCGAUAUACACAUCGGGUCAGCAGCAAGUCGAGACGUCAACCCUUUCUCUGUCCUUGACCACAAUCUCUUAGCACCACCGACGCCACCAAAGUCCGACUUCACCUUCACGUUCCCCGCUCCAAACAGCUUCGCCACCACUGCAAGCAUCUUCGGGCCCACAACAGGUUCUCAAUCUGCUUCGGCACACCCAGGUCGAUUCGAUCACAGCCAAAAACGUGUGCGGCCCACCAUUACUCCUGUGCAGCAACCACCGAAAGCUUUCAACCAAUCUCCGCCGUCAUCGCAGGUUGCGGUAAGCUCGAAGUCUGGAGAGGCACUGAAGCACCAAGAACAGCACCACUGCCCUACUUUGAAUGAUAUAAGAAUCCCAAGUCCGCUCCUAUACCACAAAGAAAGCCGCCAGGCAUUCAACCUUCCCGAUGACAGCCUUGAGGAGGAACGCAUUCAAGCUUUCCUACGAAGUUGUGGUCAAGCUCUACCUGAUCCGGCCAUCUGGUCCGAUCAAAGUGCAACGGCAAAGACCGGUGGUACCGGAAUCCAGUCCAAGUCAACUCCUACCGUCGGUCACCAGGAUCUCUCUGUGCUCCACAGCAACGAUCCACCCACCGAGGGUGCCGGCGAGUUGUUCCGCAAUGUACCUGAACCACCAUGGACCAUAUGCUCAAGUAUCUUCAAUACACAACUGGCACGGAGAGGCUCGUCUGGCCAAAGACCGGUACCGAUUGAAACGACUUCCGACAUCUACAGGAGCUCAAAGGAAAUGCGUGUCACAGUGUAUCAGAGAAGAUUGGAAGACCUCUGGACCCCAUUCACAGCAAAUGCUUCCGAUGCUUCGAACCCUACUAGUCCAUCACUGGAUGAGUGUAUGGAGAUGAUUGACACUGGCAGGCCCGUUCAACGUGAUGGAAGUCCUGCUUCGACUCCCAUGGAUCUCAUCGAUGAUGAUCCUGAGACGAUUGAGCGGAUGUGGGAUGCAUUCGAGUCCACAAUUUGCGGCUCGGACACAGACACGAUGGCACUAGCCCGGACCGCGCCCCCUAGAUCGACCAUCGAUAGACCCAGGGAGCGCCUUGACAGUGAUGCCACCAUCAUACCUGAAAUUGACAUAGCUGUGUGUUCUGCGCCGGAUUGCACUGCGCUAGUGCCAGCUAGCCUGUACCGACAAUCAGUGGAACUCCAGCUAGAUCGUCCUUACAAUGCGGUCUCAUUCGCUCGUAAAUUUGCUGGUGCAGAUAGGUGCACCCUUUGGCCAAGUCCUUCCAGCGUCGGAUUGUCUACAUGGCUGAAGGAUCUCGGUAUCGAGCAGGAACACACCCCCAAUUGCGACAUGGGAAAGCAUGAAAGUUCUGCGUAUCGAGUCGUCAUGAACGAGCUCCUCCAGUCAGCAAAUCGCAGCAAUGAUGCGAAUGGGAAUGAUGAAAUUGCCAACUCGGCUGCAAGCUUUGGCCUAACGAGCUUGUUUGAAGAAUUUGAGGACACCACUGCUUACGCCGCACCUGUCACUACCAACGUCAAGGAGAUGAAUGUACAGACCGCGACAUCUCCCUCUGAUGCUGACGACGAUGGAUACUUUUCGUCUCAUGUGAGUGACGACGAGAUUGCCCACAGCGAGGCAGCUUUCAGCGAAGUUGAGUGGGACUUCGAUUGGGACUAG